AAAGUGGAAGAAGUUGAUGUGAGAGUUCCAGUGAGAAGAAAAAGCCAUGACUGUAAAGAAAGGAAUUGUUUCGCAUUCAGAGUUGCGUGAGGAUGCUUGAACAAAUUCGGUGAACUGUUAUAGCGUCCAGUGCAGAGACUCGAGAAAAAAAAAAAACAACAUCUAGCCUACUCUGAAAUUUUUUCUGAGUUUUUUUUUUUUUUUUUUCAAGAAUAUCCCAAUUAUUUGGCCAGAUCUCUAAGGAAAUCAUGGGAAGUUUUAAAGGCCAUGCAUUACCUGGAAGUUUCUUUCUGAUCACUGGUCUGUGGUGGGCCGCAAAGCACUCGUUUUUGUACUCCACCCGCAGGAACAAAAACGCUGGAGCAGGGAGACUCGCAACUCGAGCUACCCAACGGCGCAUAGAAAUCAUAGAAGGACCAGUAAUUUUAUCAUUUUCUAUUAUUGGAAUGUUAGCAGAGCAGCUUUUAGCUGGUGGGCCUAAGUUCCAUCUGUAUGAUUCUUCCACUCAGCACUGGGAGCAGCUAAUGAAUUGGCAGCACACCACUAUGUACCUGUUCUUUGCCAUCGCAGGGGCCAUAUCACUCACUGUUCACAGCACAGACAUUGCCCCACUGGCAUUAGACCGGAUGCUUCUGGGUCUGGCUUUCUUUAAUGAGGGAUUCCUAUUCCUUUACCAUCUCCAUGGUAGAGACAUGCUUGAUGUCCAUGUUCACACUCUUCUCCUCUAUGCCAUCUUUGGACAAGCUCUUAUAUGCCUUCUAGAGGUUUUUCACAGGGGGAAUAUUCUACUAGAACUGCUUAGAGCCACUCUCACCAUACUGCAAGGCAGCUGGUUCUGGCAGAUUGGCUUUGUGUUAUACCCACCCAGUCAAGUGAAAUGGGAUCUGACAGACCACAACAACGUUAUGUUCAUCACAAUGUGCUACUGCUGGCAUCUAGCAUUUGCCUUGCUCAUUGUUGCUGCAGCGUACUGGUCUGUUCUCUGUGCUGUGCGUUCCAAAUUGAGGAGAACACCACCCAUGGAAAUGGGGCUCUUGAAACCAAGGGAGAAAGAAGUAGAGUCCGAAGAUGAGAUUUUAUGAGCAUUUAUCACUCUUAUACAUUCAACCCUGCAUCCAUAUGCAUCUGAAACUUUUUAACCUCUGAGAAAAAUGCAGAGACAGUAUAUGAGAGACAGAGGCUUUGUCACUAAAUAUAAGACCUGUCUUAAUUUCCUGAAUAGCAGCUGGGAGAUGAGAAACAGUGACAGUCCAUCAGUGUAGUUCAUCAAACUACAACAAGUGGCAUUGAGUGAAUCAAUGGAGCCUUAUAUCACCAGCUCAUCUUCCCACUAUGAUUGCUCCAGAGAAAGUUACAAGUUCUCUGUCAAUGUAGUCUGCUGUCUUGUGUGGUCCCUUCUUUUUUAUUUCGUUACAACACUUUAACCCCUAUUCCUGUGCUGCAACCUUAGGAUCAACUUGCUUUCUCUGAAAAAUGACUUAGAACUUGCCUUUUUUAUGUAUAUACUGUAAGUUUGAAUUAAGACAUUUCAAAAAGUUGUAUUGAUUAUUUUUUGGUCUUUAUGUACACUUUCUCUUUGAUUUCCUUGAAUACUAUGUAAAUUUGAGAAUUAUGUUUUUUUUUUCACUCAAGGACAGAAGUUAUCUUUUUUUUUUCAUAUUAUUUUAGUGGUACUAUGAUCUAUGUAUUUAAAAAGACUUAAAAUGAAAGAUAUUGUGGGUACUGACAUUUUCAUGACAAUUUUUCAGCUAUAUUCUGCUGUGUUUGUUU